GCUGUCGACAGAGCAUCGCCCCAUCAGGAUGGCCAGGCUACUAAGAACUCAACAACAGACUGUCUCCACCUUCCCCCUCACACUGCAGUGUCUCUGCCUGCUACUACUACUCACCUACCCCACAGCGCACGUGUCAAGCCUGGAGACAAAACAGCUCAGCUGCGCGGGCUCUCAAGGACACAUCAUCAGCACGUGCGACCAGAAAACCGUCGACGCGUCACCGACAACGACGAGCGUAAUGCCGUGCGUGCGGGCCUGCAACGAACUUCCGGAGUGCCUCGCCUUCAACUUCAACAAGAUUUCCGGCGUGUGCUCGCUGUGCCAACGCCGUCACGUGACAGACUUUGGUCCAUCAAACGACGCUGAGAACAGUGUCCGGUACCUGUGUUUCGACACGCAGCACUACUGGUCCAACCCUCCGUCGUUUCUCCCGAUCUCAAUGCCGAAAGGCUCCUACAACGGACAGAUCGUCCGAGUCUCCGGCGUUGCCAUGGAGACAACUUUCGGCAUCAGCUUCCGGAACAUGCCGUGCGCGAAUGACACCUCGUCCUGUGAGAUAGACGCAACCUUUGACGUGGAGGUCAAGGAAAACAGACUGGCUGCUAGUAAAAUGGUGUUUCAAACUGUGGGUCGGAAGAUCUACUCUUCGCUGAACGGGUUGGUCGUGAAAGGUCGGAGGUUCGAACUCCUUAUACUGGUUGGAGAUACGGAGUACAAGGUGUUCGUAAACAACCAACUGGUGGCCAGCUAUGGUAGGCUCCUCAUCUUCGGGCUGCAAGACUUCGUGUACCUCGUGUUCACGGGGGACUUGGAGCAGCUACAGAUCUCCUUUGUGGCGUAG